AUGUCCUUCCGACCUUCCCUCCUCUCGCGAUGGCUCGCGCAGGCCGAGCUCAUGAGAGCCGCACCCGCGUACCGACAGACCCUAUUCAUCCUCCAACGCCAGCCAUCCCUCAGCUCUCAAGUAUCCCAAACCAUGCGCCGGUCCCUGACAACGGCGACGAACUAUACCAGUCGUGUGAUGCCACGAUCGCGGCCGGGACUGCGAUCGGUGCAGCUUCCCAGACAAAGGACAAACCGGCGCUUCAACUCGGGAUCUUCGAGCAAUGCGUCCGAGCCCUCGAAGGAGGGUGGCUCGGUAUCGCAACGACUACGCAAGUUGUCUCGCGAAUACGGUUGGGCUGCACUAGGUGUUUAUCUGACAUUAUCGGCCUUGGACUUUCCGAUCUGCUUUGCGGCUGUACGGCUACUAGGCCCCGAGCGAAUCGGCCAUUACGAGCAUGUGGUGGUGCAGUCGGUGAAGAAUACAUUCCCGUCAAUCUGGCCUGAGACGAAGACGGAGGGUGAAGAGGACGGUAGCCUUGUUCAGACAGAGGCAUCCAAAUAUGAAGAAGCUAGUAUAUGGACACAGCUUGCAUUGGCAUAUGCCAUCCACAAGAGUGUCUUCAUCUUCGUUCGAGUCCCAUUGACGGCGGCGGUGACCCCGAAAGUUGUCCAAGUACUGCGCAGUUGGGGCUACAACAUUGGAAAGCGCAGGCCCAAGACUCCCUGA